AUGGCCAGCACCAGCUCCAGCAGCAUAAAGUCUGAAUAUGAUCAGCAGCGAGAGCGACUGAUGGCGGAAUUAUUAUUUGGCCGCAUGAAGGACCGCAUUGCCGAUAUCACUGCGGCCGUCAACAAAACUUUUUUCGCCGGGGCGGAGAGAAACUCGGGGCAUAUUUUUCUCUCCAACGCGGCAGUCGCUCGUCGCGGUAAUUUAACAGAGAAAAUGUUAUUUCAUGAUGAUAUUACCCAACCGCCGCCUACAAAUACAACAGAGAAGGAAAAGGAAGAUCAACCUAUAAAAGAAGAUAAUAAUAAUAAUAAUAAUAAUAAUAAUAAUAAUAAUAAUCGAUGGGUACGUGGAGUUCUUAUUGUUUCGAGUUCUCUUUUACCUCCACCAGAGUCUCUUUUCUUAAAUCGUCAAGCCAAUGGACGAGUUUUAUUUGAACGUACACCAAAGAUGUUAUUCCUCUUGCUUCUACGAGUUGUGGGGAUCUCACUUCCCUCCUUUACUCCACACGGUGAAAGUAAUGAAUGUGAAGAGGCGCUGGAAAACUGUAAACAAGUCCUACAGGAAACAGAACAUCGCUUUCUACAUAGUUUAGAAAGUUGUUUGGUGUGGCUUCUCCGACACAGACGGCGUGAAAAGAUGAUGAAAGUUUGUAAACUACAUUGUGAAGAAACAUUAGGGACACCACGUAGACGUGCAGGAAGUCAUUCCUUUUCUUCUUUUUCUUCUUCCGGUAGUCUGAGUAAUAAUAAUCAUAAUCAUAAUAAUAAUAAUAAUCAUCAUGCUUAUAGUUCCUGUUCUUCUUCAUCAUUCUUCUCAGAGGAGCCCCCCACACUCUCUGUACCACUUUAUUAUCUUUCUGUACAUAUGGAGGAUAAUGCCUCAUCUCGGCUUGCCGAUAGUGUCGAUCUCACCAGUGGAUUUAUAGAUCUCAUGAUUGAUGGAGAAUUGUCUGUGGUGAAGGAAUCCACAGCACUUCUGCAGGGAAUUGUACAAGUCUCUCAUAUAAUGGCUAGUUUGGCAGAAGAAGAUGAGAGAAAAGAGAAUGAGAGUAAAAAUAUAGAAAAGAGUGAAGAAGAAUUAGAUGAACUUCUUUACAAAUUACAUUGUUAUGCUCUUUCAUUGCUUUUUAAGACAUCUUGUCGUAAUUUGCAUUUGUUAAGAAGCUAUAAAACUACAACUGCGCCUAUUAUUAAUAUUGAAAGUAAUACAGAUGGUAUUCCCAUCUCAGAAUUGCAAUUGGACGAUUCACCAAUGGAAAUAGAGGUAGUUCAACACCCUGUUAUUAUUAAUAAUAAUAAUAAUAAUAAUAAUAAUAAUGUGGGUGAUCCCACUACGAGCGACGUAAGCGUGGGGAGUGGAAACAAUACCGAUAUUAGUCACAAUAACGAUAAUAAUAAGAAUAAUAAUAAUAAUGAUAAUAAUAAUAAUAACGAUAACGAUAAUGAUAGUAGUAGUAAUAAUAACGAUAACGGUAGUAGUAGUAGUAGUAGUGAUAGUGAUAGUAAUAAUAAUACUAUACGAUCCUCUCCACUUCCUGGUGUUCUCGUACAUUGCGUGAAAGGAGUUUCCAGAAGUCCCUCUGUAAUUAUGGCGUAUUACUUGCGAAAAUGUUCUGCUGAUUUUUACGCACUCUCACGAAUUCCUCAACCUUUUCCUCGUGGAAAUGAUGAAUAUCAAUUGAGUCAACUUUUAGGAGAAGAAUGGACUCUCUUUUCUUUUUCAAAAUUACUUCGUUGUGUACGUGAGGUGCGGCCAAUUGUGGAUCCACAAGUGUGUUUUCUAGUAGAGCUGAGGUCCAUGUGGAAUCGGCUGUCGGAAAGCUUGGCGAGGGAAGAGGAAGAGAAAUUAUUAUAA